CGGAAGUUUCAUAGUGGUUAAGUUAAUGUUUUUGUUUCGAAAAUGCUUUGUGGUGUAAUGUUAAAAUUUAUCACUGUUUUAACCUUAUUGCUGUUGGCAGAUGCCAACCCCACAAUUAAAAAAUUAUUGGGUGGCAAAAGUGAUGGUGGUGGUGGAAGUGGAGGAGGAGGUGGAGGAGGCCAGCCGGUAGUUGUCGUGCCUAUAUCCGUUCAACCUCAGCCAGUUCCUCAACCUCAGCCAGCUCAUCAACCAGUUCAGCAAUCCUCGGGGGGUAAAAAAGCAGGUGGAGGAGUAUUAGUAGUUGGUGGUGCUUUCGGAAUUAGCGAAGGCGGCGGACAUGAAGGAGGAAAGAAGAAGGGAUGAGGAACAUACAGUAUAACAAAAAUGUUGAUUCUUUCUCUUUAGUAUUAAAUCUAGUUUAAUAUGUAGUAGAAUAAUGUUAACUGCAUAGAAUAUAUGUGUAGAUACCAAAAUUAUAUACGUUUCUUUGCAAAUAGUUGUUUAAUGUGAAGUAUUUUGCAUUAAAGUUUCGAUUAUUAAUUUGAAAUUUAGUUGUAAUUUCUCUAAAUAUUAAUUAAACAUUUUUGGUAUUUCAACAAAAUGUUAGCAAGUGGGGAAAUAAAUAAUAAAUUCUUAAUAUUUUAUAUGUCUACCUAUCUAUAUCUUCACUUUUUGCGACAUAAUUUAUUCUCUCAUUUGAUAAAAUAUCAGCACGGCCUUUAAACAUUAACCCGGGCGAUAAAAAACUUAAAACCACUAAUAUACAGGGUGCUUAAAUUUGAUCAAGAAAAUCCUUGACAAAUUUUAGUGCGGCCGUAUGAUUUCUUUUAAUAUACGAAGUCUGUUCAGAAAA